CAAAAAUUUCCCAGGAUUUCCUCAUUUCCUCAAUACCUCAUUCAACAACACAACCUAAGUCCUCGGUCAUCAUGAACGGUUUAAAGAAAAGGAAGGCCCCUAGCCAAACACCGAGCGCUCCCGCGAAGAAGAAGAUCAAGGCUCGCCAGUCCACCGGAAAGCCUGCCCAGUCGAAGGAGAAGAAACGUGUUAGCGCCGAUUCUUUACGAUGGCGCAAAGCCAAAUUACCCGAUAUGUUCAACGAUGCGGAAGGCUUUUAUGGCUUAGAAGAGGUGGAUGAUGUCGAAGUUUUUAGAAAUAGCGACAAUACCAUUGAAUUUAGAGCUGCGGUAUCCUCAACUGACGACGAGAACGAAAAAGAUCAAGAUGACGGCGAGAUCCAAAGCGACGAAGAAUUCGAAGGAUUUGACGAUGAACCAUUCACGCAAGAUACUUCAAAAACCGCGUCACCAAGCGUAACGAACGCGGACGAAAAUAUAAAAUCAGAGGCGAAAGCUACCCCGAAGGAAAACGCGAAGGCGCAAAAGAAACAGAAGAAGAAGGAUUCAAAUCAUAUCGAAGAUCCGGAGCUCGAGGCAAACAUCUUCACAGGAAUAGACGCCAUGGAUGAAACACAGGAUGAAAUUGAUCUCUCUGCAUGGGUUGCCUUGGAUUUAUCUCCUCGGAUUCUCGAAUCUCUGGCCAAAUUGAAAUUUCCGAAACCUACCCGCAUCCAGAAAGCUGCGAUACCUCAAAUAUUAGCCGGUCACGAUGUCAUAGGUAAAGCUUCGACAGGUUCAGGUAAAACGCUGGCUUUCGGUAUUCCAAUUGUUGAAAAGUGGCUAGAAUUGUCAGACAGCAGCGAUACUCUUCCGGAUACCUCCAAGGUCCCAUUGGCCUUAAUCCUCUCACCUACAAGAGAACUUGCGCAUCAGCUUACAGAUCACAUUAAGAAUCUCUGCGCCGGUUUACCAAGUUCACCCUAUGUAUGCUCAGUGACUGGCGGUUUGUCAGUUCAUAAGCAGCAACGUCAGCUAGCCAAGGUGGACAUUGUCGUUGGAACUCCUGGUCGGUUGUGGGAGGUUCUAAGUUCUAGCUCAGAAUUGAUGGGCAAUUUCAAAAAGAUUCGGUACCUCGUGGUGGAUGAGGCCGACAGACUUCUAACGGAAGGUCACUUCCAAGAAGCUUCCGAGAUUUUCAAUGCGCUAGACCGAGUUGAAGAGGAUGAGGACGGCGAGCAGACAAAUGUGUCUUCGCCGAGGCAAACCUUGGUCUUUUCAGCAACAUUUCACAAAGGCCUACAGCAAAAGCUGGCUGGAAAAGGACGUUACACCCUAAUGAGCGAGAAAGACUCCAUGGAGUAUUUGCUGAAAAAACUAAACUUCCGGGAAGAAAAGCCGAAGUUCAUCGACGUCAAUCCGGUAUCUCAAAUGGCUGAAGGGCUUAAGGAAGGGUUGGUGGAAUGUGGUGCAAUGGAGAAGGAUCUCUAUUUAUACGCGCUUCUUCUACUAUAUCCAAACGUACGGACGCUUGUCUUCACCAAUUCCAUCAGCUCAGUCCGAAGAUUAGCUCCUAUGCUUCAAAAUUUGAAUCUUCAGACCAACCCGCUUCACUCCCAAAUGCCUCAGAAGGCGCGUCUACGUUCAGUUGAACGGUUCACGGGCACGAAGCAAGGACAGUCGUCUAUUCUCGUUGCGACAGACGUUGCUGCACGUGGUUUAGAUAUUCCUAAUGUGGACCUAGUAGUCCAUUACCACGUCCCUCGAGCUGCGGACGUUUAUGUGCAUAGGUCCGGGCGUACUGCACGUGCGCAUAAAACAGGAUUGAGUGUACUUCUUUGCGCACCUGAAGAAGUUGUUCCGACCCGGCGGCUCAUUGCCAAGGUGCAUUCGAGCGCUGAUAAAGGGUCUAAGAAUUUCUUCGUGCAAACUUUAGACAUGGACCGGAAACUAGUCAACCGCCUGAAGCCGCGCGUCACAAUAGCCAAAAAGAUUGCCGACGCAGGGCUUGCGAAGGAGAAAGGAAAUAAGGAGGAUGAUUGGAUGCGGAACGCAGCAGAAGAGUUAGGUGUGGAAUACGACAGCGACGAGAUACAGCAGGUCGGAAAGUGGGGGGGACGCGGUGGCGGUAGAAAGGAGAAGCAAAACCAAGCGAGAGCUAUGACCAAGGCCGAGUUGGGGGCCUUACGUGCCGAACUAAGAGAGCUCCUAUCUAAGCGAGUCAAUACCGGCGUCAGCGAAAAGUAUAUCGCAACCGGUAUGGUGGAUAUGGAUGAGUUGCUACGUGGUGCUAAGGGAGAAUUUCUGGGUAAGGUUGAGGGCCUUGAUAUUGGGUCAUUAUAACCGAUAAUUAAUGGUCGUCGUCCCAUCGUAACUCGAAUUAUUUACGAAUUCCCGAAAAGGGACGUGACUUAUUAAUGCUCCUAGGUCUCUGAACGGAUGUAUAGAAACGUUCAACACUUCCGGGUCGAAUAUCUCAUCUCAAGAUAAAGAUACCCACAUGUCUCUGAAUUCCAUGCCGUGAAUUGCUGUGGUCGGGAACACCCCUUAUCUACUAGGGGAAAGCGCGGUUGGUAUUUACCUGAUAAAUUGAAGCAUCGGU